CGAAUUCUACGACAAAUACUUGAUCCGCGCUUUCGCUACAUACAGCAUUGACAUGGACCCUUCGCCUCUUCAUCUCUAUCGGGACAUAUAUGCUAUUACCGAAGGUUCAAGCUUGCGGCAGCCAAUGGACCAGAGUCGUUACCGGGCGAAGUCCCUUGCCCUUAUGCGCGACAACUAUCGCUGCAUGUUGACCGGUCGAAUUGAUAUCAUGGCCGCGCUCCACGUGGAGGCACUGAGCCGCGAAUUGAACGACGACAGAACUCAGCUUGAGGCAACGCGCUGCGCAUAUAUAUUCCCCGAAUUUCUCGCUGCUGAUGCUGACAGUGAUGCGGAGCGUCAGGACAUAGCCAAAGUAUGGGACGUCAUCAAGGGUUUCGGCUACUCCAAGAUUCAGGGAGAGCUGAAGGGCCUUCAAGUCCAUUCCCUGCGCAACAUACUCACUCUGGAGGUCACCAUGCACUCGCUCUUUGAGGAUCCCAAGCUAUGGUUCGUCCCGACUGAGACACCGAAUCGCUAUGUUGUCGAGGCAUCGAUGCCUGGACUUUUCGAGUGCGGAAUGAUUCCGCGCACCAUCGAGUUCAAGACCACUGAGUCUGACCUCGAGUUGCCGUCUGGGGAGUAUUUAAACAUUCACGCCACUUGUUGUCGGGUAUACCAUUUGUCAGGUGCUGCGGAGUACUUUGACAAGCUGUAUGACAAUGAUGAUCUGGCUGUGGACGAGGAAUAG